GCAGCCGUCCAACUAUAGCCCACGAGUGGAUUUGUGGUCGUGCACUUUGUAGAGAACUAACGGUGCAGGUGCGCAUGCGCGAUGGAGUCGGACGCCAGCCGAGUAUCCAGCAGGCCGUCCUCCCCCGAGGCGGACGACCUCUUCACUUCCACGCUUCGCACGUCCGUGCACGGCUUCCCGGGAGCCGUGUCGUCCACGCAGGGCGAUUCUCCGUCCCAUCACCACCACCACCACCACCAUCACCACGAGGGAAGCGCACACCUCCUGCGCGGCCUGUCCGACGAGGAAGCUCUGGCCUUGCGCGCGGCCUCCAAAAAGGAGCGCAAGCUUCUAUCCGAGAACGAGCUUCAGUCCAUCCGCCUGAAGAUCAACAGCCGCGAGCGCAAGCGCAUGCACGACCUGAACGUGGCCAUGGACGGUCUGCGCGAGGUCAUGCCGUACGCGCACGGGCCCUCCGUGCGCAAACUGUCUAAAAUUGCCACCCUGCUGCUGGCCAGGAACUACAUCCUGAUGCUCAGCAGCUCCCUGGAGGAGAUGAAGCGCCUUCUCAGUGACGUAUACGGUGGGGGCGCGCACGCACACGCCGGCUUCCACGCUGCUGCCUGCGGGACUAUGACCCACCCGGGGCCGGUGGCCGCACACGCCCCCGUGCACCACCAUUCGCUGCUUCCGCCACCGCCGCCGCCUCCUCCUCCUCCCACCGCCGCCGCAGCCGGCACGGUCCGGGCCCCACAUGGACUCCUAAAAGCACCGCCGUCCGCUGCCCCGGCUUUCCAGCACUGGGGGGUCGCGGCCGGGAUGCCGUGUCCGUGUAGCAUGUGCACGGUGCCUCGCCUGGCGGGGGACUCCAAGUGACGACCGCCAACGCCGGGACUUUGACUUCGAACUUGUUGGCCAUUUCCCGGGAACUUGUGUGUGGCGGGAAUGUGCACCACUACUGGCGGGAAAGUUAACUUAUUCCACAGGAAAAAAAUGUAAAUAAAUGUACAUUUUUUUAGACGUUUACAUUCAUGUACAUGUACACGCACACAUUGUUUAUGUCUCUCACAUGCACGUACUCUGUCUCUCUUUAUUUUUGUAAUGAAUGACUGAAUGGAUAUUUAUUAUUGACUUG